AUGUCUCGGUCGACGAAGGUAUCGAAUAGCGCGGGGCUAAUUGCAAUUUGCUGCUUAGUUGGCACGCUCGCGGCCGCUCAGUGGACAAACGGAACCACUCAUCUGCAACACCGAGCCCACAACCGCGACCGACGUUAUGUGCUCAACUAUCCGGUGAACGGAGGCGUAGCGAAGGUGCUGUUUGGGUUCGUAGCACCGGUGCGGUUUCAUCACAAGCUGAGGCGCAGCCUCAACGCGGGCAUCAACUUGCAGGCCAACUAUCGCAUCCUGCCGAACGUUAUCUUUCCCUACCCGGACACCAUUUGGGAAAGUCGGUUCGAUGAGGGCGCGUUCGUGGACACGAGCCGGCGGCAGCUGUACGUGCUGCUGGAGAAGCUUCUGGGUGGUGCCGAAAGUGGGUCACGAGCGCGCACCUGUCUGCUGCGGAUGAUCUGCGAGAUUGCGGACACGCCGCUGUCCCACAAUGGCAUGGUCGGCGAAAUAAUGGACGUCGUGUUCACGCCCGGCGAUUCGGACGAUCUAGCCGACGAAUACAAGUUGGCGCGCCGCUACGGGGCCAACGGAGUGAACUGCAAACGAGUGUACGACGAGUGUCCCUGGGGCCACGGCAUUCUGGACACCAUCACGGCCAUGCACUGGUGA